AUGUUUCUUGUCCUAGCUAUAAUUUUAAGUAUAACACUUAUAUCUUUUUCUUGUAUAAGAAGGUCAUCUAACAAAGAAUACAUUACAUCCCCUUUUAUGACAUCUUAUUAUGAAUCCUUAUUUAAUACUAAUAAACAGCAGAGUUAUAAUUGCCUUCUUAAGUGGUGUACUGAUUUACUUGAAAGAUUUUAUUUUACGGAAAAACAGGAAGGAAUAGUAGAGCCUUUGUACAAACAAAGAUUGGUAAGCGAAGAAAUGUAUGAUAAAAUUCAAGAAGAUUUAAAAAAUAUGAAUAAUGAGAAAAUGAUUAUUGAACAAGAAGCACAAGCUUACAGUAGAAAUAUUUUUAAGGAGUGUAAAGUAAAACAAGAAGAUAAUAAAAUGUAUAAAAUAUAUGAAGAUAUUCAUUUUAAUAAAAAGAGAGAAGCAUUAGAAAUGGAAUUAAGAAAAAGGUUAAUGAAUAAAAAUUUAUAA